GGAAAAGAAAAAGGAAACUAUUACAGAAUCAGCUGGUCGACAGCAGAAAAAGAAAAUAGAACGCUUGGUUUAAGAAUGGACUUCCGGAGCGGAUUAAGUUUGUAAACCAAGAGAGGCAGGAGGAGAAGCUGAAGAACAACAACAGGGAUCUGUCAAUGCCUUGUUCCUGCUUGCCAGCUGUCAGAUGCUUCACAGUCCCCGCUUCUCACUCAUUCUCCCUGGUUUUCCUGGUCUGCUCCGUGGUGCAGCAAUGAGCACCAUCACUGGCACAUUUCAGCUGCAGCAGCCCCUCAACUACCGAGAGGGUGCCCGCAUUGAGCCUGUGGAUGGAGAUCACAGCGAGGAGACGUAUGAACCAGCAACUGGGCGAGUUAUUGGCAAAUUUCUCUUCUCUGGAGAGAAGGAAGUAGAUCUGGCUGUGCAAAAUGCACAGGCUGCCUUUAAAAUAUGGAGUCAGAAGUCAGGCAUGGAACGGAGCACUGUCCUGCUGGAGGCUGCCAGGAUAAUCCGGGAGCGAAGGGAAGAAAUAGCUACCUUGGAAACAAUCAAUAAUGGCAAAUCCAUAACUGAAGCCCGAAUAGAUAUUGAUACAUCUUGGCAGUGUCUGCAGUAUUAUGCUGGCUUAGCUGGCUCCCUAGCAGGCCAGCACAUCCAGCUUCCCGGCGGAUCCUUUGCUUAUACGAGAAGAGAACCUCUUGGAGUCUGUGUUGGAAUAGGAGCCUGGAACUACCCUUUCCAGAUUGCCUGCUGGAAGUCUGCCCCGGCUUUGGCCUGUGGUAACGCCAUGGUCUUCAAGCCUUCUCCCUUCACCCCUGUCUCCGCCGUGAUGCUGGCAGAGAUCUACCAUGAGGCUGGAGUUCCUAAGGGGCUUUUCAAUGUGGUGCAAGGUGGAGUUGCCACAGGCCAGUUCCUGUGCCAGCACCCGAAUGUGGCCAAGGUCUCUUUCACCGGGAGCGUUCCUACAGGAAUCAAGAUCAUGGAGAUGGCAGCCAAAGGGAUCAAGCCAGUUACUCUGGAGUUGGGGGGCAAAUCCCCCCUUAUUAUCUUCUCUGACUGUGUCCUGGAGAAUGCUGUAAAAGGAGCUCUCAUGGCCAACUUCCUCACACAAGGCGAGGUUUGUUGUAAUGGCACUCGGGUAUUUGUGCAAAGCGAGAUACUGAAUUCCUUCACCAAGGAAGUCAUGAAACAGACACAGAAUAUCAAAAUUGGCGACCCUCUGCUGGAAGACACACGGAUGGGAGCACUUAUCAACCACUCCCACCUGGAGAAGGUGUUGAGCUUUGUUAAACAAGCAAAGGAUCAGGGCGCAGUGGUGCUGUGUGGAGGAGAAGCCUAUGUGCCAGAUGACCCUAAGUUGAGUGGUGGCUUUUACAUGUCUCCCUGUGUGCUAGGAAACUGUAAUGACAACAUGACAUGUGUACAAGAGGAGAUUUUUGGACCUGUCAUGUCCAUCCUGCCCUUUGACACCGAAGAGGAAGUCCUAGAAAGAGCCAACAACACUCGUUUUGGCCUGGCAGGAGGUGUCUUUACCAGGGACAUCCAGCGGGCUCAUCGAGUCGUGGCUGGUCUCCAGGCGGGGAUGUGCUUCAUCAACAACUACAACGUCAGCCCUGUGGAGCUGCCCUUCGGAGGAUACAAGAUGUCAGGGUUUGGCCGAGAGAAUGGCGAAGCAGCAAUAGAAUAUUACUCUCAGCUGAAGACUGUCUGCGUGGAGAUGGGCAACGUGGAAACAUUGUUCUAAUGGCCUGGUCUUGUCCAUUUAUUCCAGCUAACACUCAACUGAAGUGCUGUGUGCCAUGGGGGGGGGCUGGAGUGUGUGUCGCUCUUGCUGCCCCUCUCUUUCUUUGAAUUCCCUUAUUCUACUCUGCUUCCUUGAAAUAAUUCACGGUGAAGAUAGGAGAAAAUGUUCCUAUCCACCAGUUCUCACAUUCUGCCUCUUGCCUAAUUUUCUGACUUUAGGAGCAGUGCAUGCCAAAAACCACCUGCUCCCAUUUAGAGGGGCUGUGACAACGUAUCUGCUUGCGAGCUCUCUAUUUUAGCUGUCAGGUAACUAGACAUCUACUACCGCAAUGAAGGUAGAUCAUAUAUAUCUGCUACCUUUUCUAAUCUGGCACUUUUGUACACAGUUUUCUGAGCAAAUAAAAGAGCUGCUAUUUCAGUAUUAAUUGCA